CGAAGCGAAAGCAGAAACGGAAAAAAACAGACGCAACCGAAAACAGAGACAAACGAAGAAAGGAGCACAGAGAGAGAGAGAGAGAGCGCGCAAAAAUCAAUGGCUGAGAAAGAACAGCCGCCUCCACCGUCAACGUUGUCAUCGUCAUCAUCAUCGCAAGUGUCGAAAUCGACGGCUUAUAAUCUUCCUUCACGUCCUACGAUCACUCUGCCACCACGUUCCUCCAUGGAGACGCUAUUCAACGGUGGUGGUGGUGGUGGUGGCGGUGGUGGGCCAGGCUUGGGUGGGCUGGGAUUCAGCCCUGGGCCCAUGACGCUGCUCUCCAGCUUCUUCUCCGAUACCGACGAUUGCAGGUCCUUCUCUCAGCUUCUCGCGGGUGCCAUGACUUCACCGGCGGCUAUUCCUUCCCACCAGCGCCAGAGCUUCCCGCCGCCGGAUGAAGGUGGUUCCGGCGCCGGAGAUGACGAUUUUCGGUUCAGGCCGAAUCGACCUUCGAAUUCGGCGGUUCCACAGUCGCCGAUUUUCACCGUUCCGCCGGGGUUGAGCCCCGCCGGCUUGCUCGGCUCGCCGGGGCUGUUCUCGCCGGGCGGCCAGGGACCCUUUGGAAUGACACACCAGCAAGCUCUGGCACAGGUCACAGCUCAGGCUGCACAAGCCUAUUCCCAUAUGAAUGUCGAACCAGAUUACUCGUCUUCAUUAUCAGCAGCACCGGCUACAUCAUUAACACAGCUUCCAGCCUUUACAUCCAACGCAACUGCACAUCAGAAGGUGCCACCCUCAGUACCAGACUCCAGUGUUGCAAUGAAUGAAACAUCCGAUGUCUCUCAUUCUGAUCAGAGAUCCCAACCUUCGACAUUCACUGUUGAUAACCCUGCUGCUGAUGGCUACAACUGGCGGAAAUAUGGGCAGAAGCAGGUGAAGGGUAGUGAAUUCCCUCGAAGCUAUUACAAAUGCACGCAUCCCAAUUGUCCUGUCAAGAAAAAGGUUGAGCGCUCUCUUGAAGGCCAAGUAACCGAAAUAAUUUACAAGGGCCAGCACAACCAUCAACCACCUCAAACCAAUAAGCGUGCAAAGGAUACUGGAAAUUCCAGUAGUCUGGGAAAUCCGGACUUAGCCUCCCAAGUUCAAGGUGGGAAUUCGAACAAAUUGAGAGGGAUGGCUCCUUAUUCAAUGUCUAAGAAGGGUCAGGAAUCUAGCCAAGCGACACCUGAACACUUAUCUGCGACUAGUGAUAGCGAGGAAGUGGGUGAUGCGGAAACUGGAGUAGAUGAAAGAGACGAAGAUGAAGAUGAACCCAACCCAAAGAAACGAAGUACAGAGGUCAAGGUUUCAGAGCCAGCUGCUUCACAUAGGACUGUCACAGAGCCUAGAAUCAUUGUGCAGACGACUAGUGAAGUGGAUCUUUUAGAUGAUGGGUAUAGGUGGCGAAAGUAUGGACAGAAAGUGGUUAAGGGCAAUCCUUAUCCAAGGAGCUAUUAUAAAUGCACAAGCCCGGGAUGUAAUGUCCGUAAGCACGUCGAGAGGGCUGCGUCAGAUCCUAAAGCUGUCAUUACAACGUACGAGGGAAAACAUAAUCAUGAUGUACCAGCCGCUAGAAGUAGCAGCCACAACACAGCCCCAAGCACUACAUCGCAGCCUAGACCAGACAAUGCGGUAGCCGAGAAGCACACCUUAAUGAACAAGAUGGAUCUAAGGAACAAUGAUCAACAGCCUAUAGCACGCUCACGAUUGAAAGAAGAACAGAUAACAUAGCUUCUGUGUUGUGAAUGUGAAUGUGAAGAUCAGUGGGCGACAAAUCACACGAAAUUUUGCCAACUAUCAGGCAAAAGGUGCAAGUUAACUUUUCUUAGAUCUGUUUUUCACACUUGAGGCCAUAGUUUUGAUGAAGGCGGUAUCCAACUGCAAUAUACAAAAGAAAGGAAAAAUGGAAAGAAGACGGAGAAGUGAGUUCCAAGACAAAACUUGCUUGGAUUAGGACUGUAAUUCUUGUUGUAUUUAACUAGUUGAAUGAGCAAUAUUUUAUUGCAAUUCUACAUUUCUGUGCAUUCUUUUGUACAUGGGAAUAUAAGUAUUUUUGUUCCAUAUAGUUGCGUAACUGCUGCAUUUGGCCGA